AUGACUGUUACCGAGCAAGAAUUUCUCGCAUCGUAUCCCCAGAAGGUCGCCCCUGGUGGACCUACCGGCUACCCCGGUAACCUGACAGCCGAGCAGGAGCAGAAGCUCGGUGAGCUUAAGAUGAUCCUGCUGACCAAGGGUUACGAAGAUCGAACCGAUGACGCCACGUUGCUGCGGUUCCUGCGAGCCCGAAAGUUCGAUGUGCCUCUGGCCCAAGAAAUGUGGGAGAACUGCGAAAAGUGGAGAAAGGAGUUCGGCACCAACACAAUUCUGGAGGACUUUUGGUACAAGGAGAAGAAGGAGGUGGCCAAGCUGUACCCCCAGUACUACCACAAGACCGACAAGGACGGCCGACCCGUCUACGUCGAGAACGUGGGUAAGGUGAACAUCCACGAAAUGUACAAGAUCACCACCCAGGAGCGAAUGCUUCGAAACCUCGUGUGGGAGUACGAGUCGUUUGUUCGACACCGACUGCCCGCCUGUUCUCGAGUUGUUGGACAUCUCAUUGAGACCUCAUGCACCAUUCUUGAUCUCAAGGGAGUUUCUCUGUCGUCGGCCUCCCAGGUCUACGGCUUCCUCAAGGAUGCCUCCAACAUUGGCCAGAACUACUACCCCGAGCGAAUGGGUAAGUUCUACCUGAUUAACGCGCCGUUUGGUUUCUCCACCGUCUUCUCCGUCAUCAAGCGAUUCCUGGACCCCGUCACCGUGUCCAAGAUCCACGUGUACGGCUCCAACUACAAGGAGAAGCUCCUGGCCCAGGUCCCCGCCUACAACCUACCCAUCAAGUUUGGCGGCCAGUCCUCCUCCAAGAUCGGUGUUGAACUCUCUGACGACGGCCCCUGGAGAGAUCCCCAGUUUGUCGGCCCCGAGGGCUUGGCCCCCGUGGCUGGUGAGCGACCCACCGGUGCCCCCUCCAUCGUCUCCAACUCCUCCACCUACGCCAAGUCCACUGCUUCCACCAAGGUCGGUGCUGACGACAAGGCCACUGACGCAAAGGCCAACGGUAACGGAGCUGCUGCUGCCGCUGCCGGAGCUGGAACUGCUGCUGCUGGCGGUGCUGCUGCUGCUGCUGGAGCUUCUUCUUCCAAGCAGGCUGCUCCUGCCCAGGCUGCUCCUGCCCAGGCCGCCAAGGCUCCCGUUCCCGCUGCUGCCAAGACCGCCACUGCCCCUGCCCCCACCGGCAAGACUGCUGCACCUCAGACCAACUCGUUCCCUCCCGAAAUGCUUGCCAUGAUGGAGCAGAAUGAAAAGAAGGCUGAGAAGGCCGCCGAGGCCAAGACCAAGGGAGGGGCUGCUCCCCAGGCCAAUGCCUUCACCGACGAGCAGCUCGCACAGCUCAACUCGCUGCCCCAGCAGGUGGCCACAGGAGGAGUGUCCCAGCCCCUUCCUGAUUCGCAUGUUACCCAGGGAGUCCCCACGGUCGCCAAGAUUGCCGAGGCUGCCGCCGGUCCCCAUGAGGAUGCCCAUCUUCCCCAUUAA